CUGAAAACUUUUGUUCCAUUAUCCUCGUGGACUCUUCGCGCGUCGCAUCGCAUCUUCGAGUCUUUCAAAAAUUGCUAUCGGACAUGAAGAACGCUAUUUUCUUCGUAAUCGCCAUCUCUGUCGCGACCUAUGCCAAUGGCAGAGUUUAUUACCUGCAGGAAAAUCUAACUGGUGCGCGGAACAACGACGCGAUUUAUCCGAUCGUGGAACAGCAGGCUUCUCGCGAUCUAGAUCUAACUUUCUCCGCGGGAGACCCUCUCGAAAACGAGAAUGCCGUAGCUCCGAACAGAAAGGUAUACACUCUCGUCACACCGGAAAAACCGUAUGUCGAGUUGAGCAGGGACGCGGAUCGACCUGUCGCGUACUACAGAUUAACCGAACCGGCUACCAGAAGAGGCAGCUUCGACGACGUCAUUCUCGUUCCGCAAGGAGGUCGGAAAUUGAUGAAGCUGAACGGCAACAAUAAGGGCGAAGUGAUCUUGGAGCUUCGCGUCAUAGCUAAUCACGAUAGCGCAUAACUCGUGCGUGUUAAAAUUAAACUUUUAUUCGUUUACAAAAGGGAAGCGCGAGCUGAUAAGAAACGAACGUUAUGCAGUUAAAUCGCACUGCUUUUAUUACAUUCAACUUACAACAACGAAUGUUUCUAUCGAUACAUAUCAUACAUACAUCGGGAUACUAUUAUAAUAUUUACAGUACAUAUCACAUGUCGAAUUCGCAUCGGAGCUAUUUCAUUCCGAUAAGAUUUUACAUUCGCGAGUUUCGCGACCCUUUAAUUCUCACCAAGAGUUGAUUCGCAUUCUUCUUUUUGAUUAUUGAGAAUAUAAAGAAUCAAAUCGGGGAAGACAAUUCUGUUUCUAGACGUGCAACCGGCAUGAUAUUUGAAAAAUACAUUAGUUAUUACAUAAA